GGGGCCCUCAGCAGCCAGCUCUAUCUGCUCUGCCAAUACUCGCUGGGCUGCGGCGUCUCCUGCAGCCUCGGCUACCUGCAGGAAGGCGCCCCCCAUCGCACCUGGAACCUCCUCCUGGCUGUCGGGCUGGCCGCGCUGCUGACCCACUACACCUGGCGCCUGGCCUGGCACGUCUCCACGAUGUACGAGCUGCACUGCAAGGAACGCUACUGUGGAGGGUGCCUCUUCCUCCUUGCCACGUGGCACGGCAUCCCCCGGCUGCUCUGCAAUGCUCUCCGGGUGACCUUUGGGGUGGCCGACUUGGCGGCGGUGGCUCUGAUCAACCGGGACUUCCUCUCGACCUCCGAGGCCAUCCGGUUCUGGACGCCGCUGACCAUCUGCUACACACUUCUGGUCAUCUACAUGCAGGAGGAGCAGCACCACAACCCCAACCAGCAGAUGGCUUUUCAGACUGCCUUUGUCCGGAUGGGUGGCCUUCUGGUCUUGCUGAUGACGGUGGGCCAGUGGAGGGACAUCGUGAAUAUCCUCAUCUCGCUGGUGGGGGAGAUCUGGUGCCUGACCCGGAGCGGAACCAUGCUGGAGGUGUGCAGAAAGCAGGAUGAGAGUCCCUCUGCAUCAACAUCCGGUCCUCCUCAAAGUCAGCGCCAAAAGCGCCCCUCCAGAUCUGUGGCAGCAGAGGCCAAAUCCUGAAAAAGAAGGGCCUAGAGACUGCGGACCAGGCAGCCCACGGACACAGCUCCUUCUGGGCUCUCCAGCGUUGGUGUCAAAUGGGUUCGUGGGUUCCCUCUCGGGCACAGUGGCACCACUGCCCCUUCAGCAAUUCCCACUCUGGUCUGCCUUCCUGGGACAGCAGAGAGGACAAAAUGGGCUGGGUCGGCAACCUUAAACUCAAAGAGCCACAAAGGUCCUAACCGGAAGCCCCCUGUUCAAUUCUGGAGCUGACUG